UGGUGGUCGUACAUACAGUGGUAGAUCCCUGUACACUAUGGCGGGACAACACGGAUUUGUCCUGCUGACCGCCGCGCUCUUCCUACAGGCCUGUCGGGGGCAGGUGCUGACUCCCCCGUACCUAAACCUGGCACAAGGCCGGCGGAUCGUCGCAUCGGCCACUUGUGGUGAAGGCGUUCCCGAGCCGGAGCUGUACUGUAAGCUGGCCGGCGGGACCGGCAACGAGCCGGCUAACCUGAUCCAAGGCCAGCAGUGCGACUACUGCGACCCCCGGGACCCCUCGCGCGCUCAUCCCGUCUCGCAGGCCGUGGACGGCACCGAGAAAUGGUGGCAGAGCCCUCCCCUAUCCCGUGGAACCGACUACAACAGAGUCAACGUCACCAUCAGCCUUGGACAGUUGUUCCAUGUGGCUUACGUGGUUUUGAAGUUCGCCAAUGCCCCCCGCCCGGGCGUCUGGGUUCUGGAGCGGUCCACGGACUUCGGGCAGACCUACAAGCCAUGGCAGUACUUUGCCGACACGCCGAGCGACUGCUACAACGUCUUCGGUGUCACCCCCAUGGACAGGCCGACACACGACGACUCCGUCACCUGCACCACGGAGUACUCCAACAUCGUUCCGCUGGAAAACGGCGAGAUUCACCUGUCGCUGGUGAAUGGCCGUCCCAGUUCCAAGAACUUCACCCAUUCCUCCAUGCUGCACGAGUGGACUAAGGCCACCAAUGUGCGACUCAGGUUCCUCCGAACCAAGACACUGCUGGGUCAUCUCAUGGCGGUCACACAGCAGGACCCCACUGUCACCAGAAGGUAUUUUUACAGUUUGAAGGACAUCUCUAUCGGCGGACGGUGUGUGUGUAACGGACAUGCGGACGAGUGCGAUGGAACAGGGUCUGCAGAUCCGAACAGACUUGUGUGUAAGUGCCAGCACAACACCUGUGGGGAGUCAUGUGAGCAGUGCUGUCCUGGAUUUGUGCAGAAACCAUGGCAACCGGCCACACCUAACAACCUGUUUGAAUGUGAAUCCUGUAACUGCCUGGGCCACUCUACUGAGUGUUACUAUGACCCUGAGGUGGCACAGAACCGGCUCAGUCUGGAUAUGAGGGGGGACUUCAAUGGAGGGGGUGUCUGCAUCAACUGUCAGCACAACACUGAAGGCAUCAACUGUGAGCGGUGCAAACCAGGGUUCUUCCGAGUCCCUGACACCCCUCUAACAUCACCCUACGUCUGCCAGUCCUGCCAGUGUAACUCUUUCUUCACCACUGGGACAUGUGAACAGCUGACUGGACGUUGUUACUGUCUGCCUGGCUAUGCUGGUGAUGACUGUAACCAGUGUGCGUCUGGUUAUGUGGGCUUCCCAAACUGCAAAGCCUUAUUGGUCAAAAAGACUAAGAGCAGACCCAACCCAGAAGCAGAGGUGUUCAUUCCCCUGACUUCUGAGAUUGUGGACAUCCCUCCUCCAUAUAGUCAACCAAAAGUGGUCCAGCCUACUCCAGGAUAUGAUGGAGGCUACAGUGCCUAUGGCCUCUUGUGUGAGUGCCACAUGAAUGGUACAGCAGGCUUCACCUGUUCAGUAGAGGGUGAUGGCCAGUGUCCCUGUAAGUACAACUAUGCAGGGCGCUACUGCGAGGGCUGUGCACUUGGGUACUACAACUUCCCAGAGUGUCUACCCUGUAAGUGUGAUGAAGCCGGUUCUCUGUCCCACCGGUGUGACAUCCAGCAGGGCCAGUGUGAAUGUCGCAGUGGCUUCAUGGGCCGGACAUGUGACCGCUGUGCUACUGGGUACUACAACUACCCCAGAUGCACCUCCUGUGACUGUAAUGUGAUGGGAGCUACCCAGGAGGUGUGUGAUGCUGAUACUGGCACCUGUCUGUGUCAGGACCCGUUUACCGGUCCAAGGUGCGACCAGUGCAAGUCUGGGUCCUACAGCUUCCCAAACUGCAUACGUUGUAACUGCUAUGGUGCAGGUGUGCUAGAUGAUGACAGUAAGUCCUGUACAGAUGGUGGCCAGUGUACCUGCAAGCCUGCAUAUGCUGGCAUGUCCUGUGAGAAGUGUGCACCUGGAUACUAUGGAUACCCUGACUGCAAGUCCUGUUCCUGUGAGUCCGGUGGCUCUAUAGGUAGUGAGUGUGACCCCAGGUCAGGACAGUGCCGCUGUAAGGAACAUGUGGAGGGGAGAAACUGCAACAAGUGUCAAGUGGGCUUCUUCAACUUCCCCAACUGCCUAGAGUGCAACUGUAACCCAGCAGGCCGGGCCCCUGACACUGAGUGUCCGUCAGUCCAAACAAUGACGUGUGACUGUAAGAGCCUUGUGGAGGGCCCAGCCUGUGACCAGUGUAAGCCCCUGUACUGGAACCUGCUGAAGGACAGACCUGAGGGGUGUGAGGAGUGCGGAUGCUUCAGACCUGGGACCAGCAGUGGACUGGGCACUUGUGAUAUGGCCAUAGGUCAGUGUGCCUGCAAAGCUAACGUCCAGGGGAGGAUCUGUAUGGACUGUAGGGAUGGAAGCUUUGGGAUGUCGGAGGUGGACAGCCUCGGAUGUCAGGGUUGCAGUUGUGAUGUAGGUGGGGCAGUGACGGACGUGUGUGACAAGGCCACAGGACAGUGCGUGUGCAGGGAGGGGAUGGAGGGGCGGCAGUGUGACGUCCCCACCCAGGGGCAGUAUGUACCGGGGCUGUACCAGUACAGGUACGAGGCCGAGGACGCAGACACGCCCCGCGGCAUGCCCGUCAGGUUUGGGUAUUCUCCAAAGGACUUCCCAGGAUUCAGCUGGAGGGGAUAUGCAAUCAUGAAUACUGUCCAGCCAAGGAUAAUCCUGUCAGUCCUAGUUGACCGCCCUGCGCUGUACCGUGUGGUUCUGUCAUACGUCAACCCGGGACAGGAGACUGUCAUUGGCAACAUUCGAGCAAACCCACUGUCUCAGUCAGCUGAUGUUGUUUCCCAGCAGAGCAGUGAGAUAGUGUUCAACCCCACCAGCACCCCGACAACUGUCACUGUGGUGGGGAACAGUUUCAUCAUGCCCUUUGUGCUCAACCCAGGACAAUGGAGCUUCACCAUUGAGGUGUCAAGGGUCCUGUUGGACUACAUGGUGCUGCUGCCUGCAGCCUACUUUGAAGCCCCACUGCUGCAGCUGAAGGUGGAGGUCCCCUGCAAGUAUGAGAUUCCAGAGGACCCAAAAGACCACUGCCUGAUGUACACCCACCUGCCCCUGGAUGACUUCACCACAGUCCAGGCAGAGUCUGGGUUCUUCCGUCCGCAGCAGGGCGAUGAUGACAUGAACAACACCCUGUCUGUCCUGGGAGACAAGAUCGCUACACAGUACAUCCAGCCCUCCAAGUUCUACCCACUCAUGGCACUGUUGGAUCACAAUCAGAUGGUUCUACUUCUGGAGCUGACUCUGCCCAAGGCUGGCGAGUACGUGUUUGUGAUUGAGUAUGCCAACUUUGAGACACGGGCACAGACCCUGCAGAUCCGUGUGGACAAGACAGAGGGCAAGAAUCAAGGCAUCUUCAACAUUAACACCUGCAACUUUAGUUUCCGCUGCCGUGCAGUUGGGAUUGACGACAAUGGGAGAGAGGCACGCUUCAAGGUUACCUCAAAGUCAACCACCAUCAGCCUGUCUGGGGAUAAGCUCAGAGUUGCCAUUGACUCACUGACUGCCAUUCCUGUUGAGUCAUGGGACCCAGACUACAUCAUUCCCAAACCUCAGUGUGUGGCCAGUUACGGGCCAUUCUCCAAUCACAAGAAGAGGGCUGACCCCAGGUGUGUCCAGUCCAUGUACACAGAACCAGUCGGAACAGUAAGGAUCAUGCCGAGUUCUGGGCAGGACUCGAUGCGUCGCCAGCCUCUCCUGGUCCUGUCCAACUCCAAACUCUUCCUCCUGGACAGGGAACAGAACCAGCUUGAGUUUAGUGGCCGUCUCCUGUCAGCAGGUAGAAUGGUGUUCCUGCUCCACUACUUCCAGCCUGAGAGUACAGGCUACACAGCACAGGUCAAGGUCACAACACCACUCAGGCAGGAGAUUCAAGGAGUUAUCCAGGUUGACUACUGUCCCCACAGUGCCGGCUGCCGUGCCAUCAUGCUGUUCUCAGGUCUGGGACAGGAGGUGGACAUCACCCAGCCUGACAUCAGGCUCAUGAUCACUGUUCCUGCAGACAGAACCAUCUGGGUGGACCAUGUUGUGGCUAUUCCAGAGUUCAGCUACACCCCCUCCCUUCUCAUGGACAGCAGGAUUGACAAGUCUGGUGACUUCAUCAAGCAGUGUGGCAAAUUUGACUUUAACCUCAAUGACAGGGACCUGACUCCCUUCUGUCGGAAGUCCAUCAUGUCACUGUCUGCCCACUACAACGAUGGGGCGACCCCCUGCAACUGUAAUCCCCGGGGCUCUUCCAGCCAGACCUGCUCCCCCCUGGGUGGACAGUGUCCUUGUAAGGACAACAUCGUGGGGCGCAGCUGUGAUGUCUGUGCUACUGGGUACUUUGGCUUCCCCGACUGCAGAGCCUGCCCAUGUGGAGAGAACCGCUUGUGUGACCCAGUGACGGGAGAGUGCAUCUGUCCCCCACGUUCCCGCCGACCUGAGUGUACCGUCUGUGAGGAGGGGACAUACGGGUACCACCCACUGCUUGGAUGUGAGCCAUGUGACUGUGAUGCCAUGGGGAUCCUGGACCUGAACUACCCAUCAUGCAACAGGAACACAGGGCAGUGCAGCUGCAAGCCAAAUGUAGGAGGCCGACGUUGUGACCGCUGCCUGCCAGGCUACUACAACUUCCCCUACUGCUCCCCCUGUAGCUGUAGUGCUGAUGGGGUUACUGAGGAUGUGUGUGACCAGAGAACAGGAAGGUGUCUGUGUAAGACCAAUGUGGAUGGCGUGAGGUGUGACCAGUGUAAGGCCAACACCUACCACCUGUCAGCCAGGAACCCUGAGGGAUGCCACAGCUGCUUCUGCUUCGGUGCCACACCUUACUGUAGGAGCAGUGACUUGCAUUACACAGAGCUUUUGGACAUGGAGGACUGGACCGUGUCCAACCAGGUUGGGUCAGAGGUCAUGCGGUUUAACGACAAGGUGGAGGUGAAGCUGGGAGAACUGAUCCAACCAGACGAGCCCGUGUACUGGGUGGCACCGGGCAUCUACCUCGGCAACUUGGUAACAUCAUAUGGUGGGAGCCUCACCUACACUGUAGAGUACCAGGUGACUAAGACUGCCCUGAUGGCCAGGAUGCGCCCCACCAGGCUGCCUGAUGUGCUCUUAUCUGGUAAUGACAUGACCAUCAUGUACUCCCACCCUGUCAUCCCUGAGCCUGAUGAGCCCCUCACUGUUACUGUGGACCUGCUGGAGGGUAACUUUGUUCACAGUAACAGUAAGGGUGCCGUGAGCCGGGAGGACCUGCUGAUGGUGCUGGCUGAUCUGCAGGCACUGCUCAUCAGGGCUUCCUACAGGGAGAAGAUUCUCAGUGCUACUAUUGAGUCAGUAAAGCUGAGCAUCACGACCCAAACCUUCUCCGGCAAACCUGCCCUGGAUGUGGAGUAUUGUAACUGUCCAUAUGGAUACAAGGGGACUUCAUGUCAGGAGUGUGACGAGGGUUACUACAGGUCUAAGACUGGUCCGUACCUGGGCCAGUGUGUGAAGUGUGAGUGUUACGGGCACGCCAGCAGCUGUGAUGAGAACGGAGCAUGCAUUGACUGUCAGCAUCACACUAUGGGAGAGAGGUGUGACAAGUGCAUGACUGGUUACUAUGGUGAGCCCAGGAGGGGCACACCCGACGACUGUCAGAUCUGUGCCUGCCCCAUGGCAACAGAAGACAACAACUUUGCCUCAGAGUGUCAGCCACUCGCUGGAGGACAGUUCCAGUGCACCUGUCUGCCAGGAUAUGAUGGACCAAACUGUGACAGAUGUGCUACUGGCUUCUACGGGAAGCCCAGUGAGGUUGGCGGGUUCUGUCAGCGCUGUGACUGCAGUGGGAAUGUCCGACUGACCAAGGUGGGGAUGAAGAACGUGGAACAGUGUGACGCAGAGACAGGACAGUGUGUGGACUGUCUGGACAACACCGGGGGCCGCAACUGUCAGAAGUGUGCUGCUGGGUUCUACGGAGAUGCCAUCAAGACCAGGAGUUGUUCAAAGUGCAGAAACUGUGAUGUUUGCGGCACAGUACCUGAUGUGUGCGAUGACAAGACGGGCAAGUGUCUGUGUCGGGACCAUGUGGUAGGGGACAACUGUGAUCAGUGUGAGGAGAACCACUAUGGGUUUGACUCCUGCCAAGGCUGCCAGGCCUGUGAUUGCUCAGUAGACGGUUCCUUGGCCAAGUCCUGUCACCCCAAGACUGGUCAGUGCACCUGUAAGCCGGGUGUGACCGGCCGGCGCUGUGACCGGUGUGAGGCCAAACACUCCAACUUCACCAGUCGUGGAUGCAGAGCUUGCAACUGUCCAAAGGAUGGACCAUGCGACCCACAGACAGGGGAGUGCAGGUGUCCUGAGGGACUGACAGGGACAGACUGUGAGAGCUGCAAAAAUGAAACCCUCCUGUACACCCCCAGAGGGUGCUGGGAUUGUGACACGUGUGUGCACAGCCUGAUGGACUAUGUGAACAACCUGGGAGACAACAUUGACCUGAUGAAGAUGACCAUCGUCAGCCUGAGUGCAGGGCAGAUCGCCGGCAGCAGGGUCAACGACAUCAUCCAGGGGGUGGAGGAUGCAAAGAUGAACAUGGACAAGAUGAGAGCCCUUGCUAAAGAAAUAGAUGAUGUUGAAGAUGCUGCCUUGAUGAACGUUUCAGACAAGUAUGAUGCCUUUAAGGACAAGGUUGACCAGCUGAAACGUGAAGGUGACCAGCUAAGCAACAGGGUUGACAUUGCUGACCAGCUGGCCAUGUCUGCCAAGGAGAAAGUAGAGGCUGCUGUAGAAGAGCUGAAGCAGAUCAAGGAGCGUGCCCAGAACGGGUCGAUUGUUGACCCCGAGGCUGCCAUAGCUGAGGCUCAGGAGAUCCUGGACAACCUGACUAAGUACAGAGAGGAGAUGCAGGCCAACAUCGACGAUCGCAAAAAGGCAGCAGAGGACGAGCAAAGAAAUGCCAACGCUGACCUGAAGCUGCGUGCUCGAUUCCUGGCCCUGGUUGGACAGAGGGAGGACCAGGCUCGCAAGGUCAGGGACAAGGUGGACUCCUUCCUGCAGAAGAUCGGUGAUGAUGUGCAGUCCGCCAUCUUUGACACCAACUGGCUCAUCUCAGAGGCUGCUGUUCUCAAUGCCAGGAACACACCACCUCCAUAUGAGGAUGAGUUUGAUGAGCUGCACAAACUGAAGAUGUCCAUUGAUGAGAUACUGGGAGCAGGGAUGAACCUCAGGGACCAGGCCAACAAGCAGAGAGAUGAGGUCAAGGGCAAACUCAAGGAACUUGCAAGACGUGAUGCUCAGCUGGAUGGAGCUAAGACAAGCCUGCAGACCAAGACGUCUGAGAUGACUAAACAGCAGCCUGAACUGACUAAGAAGGUCCAGGCCGCCGAGGAGUACAUCUCUACACUUGAUGACAGGGUGGUGAUGUUGGAAGGCCUUCUUUCCAGCUCCAAGUCUCAAGCUGAGAAUGCGUCCCUGGCCGUGAAUGCCUACGGUAACAUUGUAGACUGGUUUACCAAUGCACUGGGGAAUGCCACCGAAGCCAAGGAGCGGUCCACUGAUGCCAAAAAGCAAGUUGAGGAUGAGAAUCUACCAGACAAAGCAUCCAUCCUGAAGGUCAGCAGCCAACAGAUCCUGGGGAACUCUACUGAGAUGAGAGACGAUGUGGAACAAUUCCUGCAGCCUACCAUAGAGCAGAACAAAUGGGCAGUGAACAUGACAGGGAUGGGUCUGGCAGCAGGACAGAUGGGCUUCUCUGAGCUAAAGGAGGGGCUCUCUGCACUGGAGAGGGCCCUGUCUGCUGUAGGGGACAUGGACACAGAUCUGGAGGAUGCCGAACGGAAGACUAAGGAGGCAGCAGAGAAAGCUGACAUGGUCCUGGAGGAAGUGGCCAAGAUUGCAGGUCCAGAUGCCGAACCCUCAGGUGAUGACCCUAGUAACCUCCCUAACGAUGGUGAGGAAGAUGACGAAGAGGAGGAAGAGGAGGAAGAAAAAGAGGAGGAAAAGAAGAACAGAAGGAGGCAGAACAGGAAGAGGGGAAGGGGGAAGAAGGGCCGCAGAGGCAAGAAGAAUCGCCGCAAGCCAAGAGAUGCUGACAAUGAGUUUGAAGGAGCAGAGAUUGCUGAGGACGAAGAAGAAAAUGAAACGGGAAGUCAAGGUCUGACACUGGACAAAAUGGAAGAUGUUGUCAGCAAGAUGCAAAAGGACAGCAUAGAUAUGGAGCCCAACUUGAACAAUGCUCAGAAAUCACUUGAUGAACUGGAGGAUGAUGUGGAAAACAUGGAAGACAACGUUAUACAGGCCAACUUUGAUAUCCAGGAUGCUGAGUCCAUUGUGAACCGUCUGGCCAGGGAAGGCAGUGGGCUGAUGGAACAGAUCACUCCCCUGGCUGCCGAGCUGGAGAGUCUGCACAUCUCCAUCCAGCAGCGUGUGGAGGAGAUGAGACGGAACAUCACCAACCUGAAGCGCCAGGUCGCACGGGCCAAGGACCAGGCUAACAGGAUCAUGGUUCCUAUGAAGUUCAACCGUAAGUCAUCAGUACUGCUGAAGCCUCCAGCAGAGAUCAAGACAGCCUCCACAUUCCUGGACUUGACCUUGUUUGUGAAGACAGAGGCUGAAGACAACUUCAUCUUCUACAUGGGCAACAAGGAACAGCCCAAUAAGGACUUCAUAGCGCUGGAGACUGUGAAAGGUCAACUGUACUUCUACUUCAACUUGGGAGGGGAUGAUGGGAUGGUCAGCACUACCACUGCCAUCAACACCAACCAGUGGACCAAGAUCAACAUCAGGAGAGUUGGCCGGGAGAGUGAGAUAUACCUGGAGUACAUCAACCCACAGACUUCUUACAGAGAAGAUGAGCUGGUGGUCGGGGAGGCGACAGGAGAGUACACAGUGUUGGACCUCUCCCCUCAGUCUGUCUUCUACAUAGGAGGCAUGCCUGAUGGAUUCAAGUCUCCAUCAAUCAUAAAGAACAGACACAUGGACGGCUGUGUGGAGAGUGUGAGCUUCGACUCUGAACCUGUGGGACUGUGGAACUUCCUGUCUGCUGAGAAUGUGGACACUGAAGGGGAUGAUAAACCAUGUAAAAACAGGGAUGUCCUGACUGAGAAGACGUACAACUCCUUCUACUUUGAUGGGGAGGGCUUUGUCAACAUUCCCAAGAAGAUUCUGCUGGAACAGUCCAAGUCAUGGGUGGACUUCAAGUUCAAGACUGUUGCUGACAAUGCCCUGCUGUUCUUUGCCAGUGGUCCUACCGCGUAUGUCUCCAUUGAGAUCAAGAAUGGAUACAUUGUGAUGCAAGCAGAUUUUGGAGAUGGCAACCUUAUUCUUCAGUCUAAGACCAAGUACAACAAUGGCAACCAACACAAGGUGACAGUGAGGUUUGAUAACUACAACAUGGCCCAGCUGAAGGUGCAGGCUGUGCUGGUGGCUGAAGGUACUGUACCCGGCAGUGGAGCCCAGCCCUACCUGGGGACCAGGAUGUUCAUCGGAGGCUACAGUGGGGAUCUGCCCGAUAUGGUCCAAGGCAAGGUGAUAAGUGAAGGAUUUAAGGGCUGCAUCCAGGACUUCUCUAUAACUCGUCGCAUUCAGAACCUCUUUGGUCGCUACGCACUACAGAAGGGCAUCACAGCUGGCUGCCCGGCAACUGUGACCAGAGUGGCAUCGUUCCGUGAGGAGUCUUACCUGUCCAUGCCCAUGUUCACUGAUGAGGAGUACCGGAACAUCGAGAUGAUCCUGACAUUCCGCACAGUCAAGCCUGAUGGGCUCAUCAUGUUCACAGCUAACGAAGCUCAGAGCCAGGCCUUGUCCAUCUCCCUGAAGGAUGGGGGUGUGGUCAUGGGUGUGAAAACCCAGGGCGGCUAUGUGGAGGUCCCCAGCAGGGAGAAUAAAUACAACGACAGCCGUGAUCACAAUGUCUGGAUCAGGAAAGAUGGUGUCAAGCUCACAUUGAUUGUGGAUAACGAAGACCGUAAUGAGAAGCGUGUGGACACCAGCUUCAGACAGCUGCUGACUCCCAGACCCAUCUACUUUGGCGGCGUGCCCAUCACCACCCGCAUCAGGACAGGGGUGGCCGCCUCCACGGAAGGGUUCGAGGGAUGCAUCAGUGACGUGGCACUCAACAGACCCAGCUCAUAUCUCUCAGCACUCCAGCCUGAGGAAAAGACUUCAAUGUUUAUACGGGAAGGCAUUGUGACUGACAUUGAAGACUACUCCAAUGCCUUGGAGCUGUAUGAAGUGUCCCUUGCUGGAUGUUUCGUGGAAGAGCCACCGAUGCCCACCGCACGCCCGCGGCCAUCUGCCAUCAUUGACACAGACACAGAUAAGCCGGUGAAGACAACGGUACCUGCACCUGUCCCCUCAUCUACUGUGGUAAAAACUACCACUGCUGCUCCUGAACAAAAGACAACUACUGCUGUCACGCCAUCUUCACGCCAACCAGAGAAAACUUCAUCUACAAGGCAGCCUGAGAAAAGACCCACAGUAAAACCUGUCACUAGAGGUCCAAAGCUGGUCCCUGAGCCGUCCUGUGCACUCAAGCUGCGGCCUGAACUGGGCGACGCUUCUGACGCCUUCCAGUUCGGUGUGACCUCAGCGAGCAGGAUGGAAUAUAACCAGCUGCCUGCAUCAUUUAGGAUCAGGUACAAGUUCUCCUUGGAGUUCAAGACUUUUGACAAGAGUGGUCUUCUCUUCUUCAUGGCUGAUGAUCUGGAGGCCAACUUUGUCACACUCUUCCUCACCAAUGGCAACCUCAUCUACAUGUUCAACUGUGGCACAGGCAAGCUCAAGCUCAAGAGUCGCACCAAGUUUAACGACGGGCAGUGGCACAGAGUGGUGUUCUCCCGCGCCCUGCAGCGGGGUACACUUACCGUGGACGGACUGCUGCUGAAGGAGGGACAGUCGCCAGGAAACUCUACUUUCAUUGACGCAGCAGAGCCGUACUAUGUGGGAGGUUUGCCAUCGAUGGAUAUGGCAAAGAAGCUCCCGGAUGCUGCCAAGCGUAGCUUCGAUGGUUGUAUCCGAGACCUGCGCAUGAACGACCAGCCGUGGGGCACGCCUACCCGCUCCUACAGCGUGGGGGUGUGUUACCAGAGUGGGGAGGUGGGGACUUUCUUUACUGCUGAUGGAGGGUUCCUUGUUGUAGAUGAGGAGUUCCAGGUGGGGAUGGAUAUAGAGGUGACUAUGGAGGUCCGGCCCAGAACCACGUCAGGUGUGCUGAUGGCCGUUAUGAGCCAGCGGGGAGACUUCUUCCUCAUACAGCUCAUCAAUGGAACUGUGAUGGCUCAUGUCCAGAAUGGCGGGGGUGUCUUCGUUAUUCAGCCCAAUGAAAGACACGAGUUGUGUGAUGGACAAUGGCACAAGAUUGAAGUGACUAAAGCCAAGAACGUGCUGAUGAUGAAGGUUGAUGAGAAAGAUGUGUUCCCGCCUGCCCGUACUGGUGACAGCAGUGACAGCAGCACCGACACAAAUGAUCCACUCUAUUUGGGUGGUGUGCCAGAUGACAUGAAGGCACAUGAACUGAUAGUCAAGGAGACGUAUGUCGGCUGCAUGCGCAACGUAAAAGUCAACGACAUCGGCCAGGACUUCCGCAAAGCUGCACGGUUCUCUGGAGGAGUCAUCAUCGAUACUUGCCCAACCAAUUAAGAACCCCUCAAAAAUGGAUUUGCAUGUAUAUGUAGUUGAUGCUGAAAUCCACCUACAAAAUGCAAUGUAAGGCAAUAACAUUACUGCUGCAUGCAUAAACUUUGAAUUCUGUCUUCUACUAGGCUCACAAUUAGGGUUCAGAGUUCAGACACAUGUACUUAAUUAAGGAAAAUCUGAUAAGUCUCAGAGAUUUAAAGGGAAGGUCUGGAAAUAUAGGAAUUUCAAGUAUCUUUUUGCAUAAAAUAUUUGAUGCUAGGAAUAUGUGACGUACACUUGUAGUGCAAAAUAAUGAAAUAGUUUUAAGUUUGAAACAUUUUCUUGGAAAACUUUGCUGCACUGCUCGCUUCAUACAUGUACAUGUAGUGUAUUAGAUAAAGCUGAAAGAUGUAGAAGAGUUGCUCCUUAGUUGCCAGUGAGACUUUCAUGUCACAUUCCAGAAUACCCAAAUUUUGGAUGUAACUUGCAUAAUUGACCCUACUGUAUGGAACAUAAAUUACUCGGGCUAGCUGAAAUAUAUAACAUUGUACCCUCGGCUGUUAGUUGCCAGUUCACUUUCAAAUCAACUGGUAACAUUAGUGGCAAGCACGAGGAAAUUUCUGAAGUUUUCUUGUUGGCCAAGUUCUACCUUUUGCUUUUUACAUCCAGUACUCAACCUUUUCCAUGCCUAGCGACCACUUUUUAUCACACAUUCUCAUGUUUUUAAACAGUAAUCACAGUGUACUUGGCAAUGGCCUACAUGUAUCUAUUCAAGAAUCAAACAGGUUUAUAUAUGGGAUGUAAAAUUUGUUGAAGAUAUUGUUUUAAAGAUUGUGUAUCUAUGCCUUUUGGUCCUGUAGUAUUGUGCAAUAUUUUACAUAGUACUAACUAGAUUCAACUGUUGUGUGUAACUGGCAAGUAGAGCAAUAGAAAAGCUAAUUGAACUGGGUGGGUGUCUCCGGAUGUGUUUGACUAACAAAUUAUGGUAUUACUAACAUUGUAACAGCUCAUGAUCAAUCAUCAUCAAUGUAGUCUAAAGUGACAUGUGCAAUCAUGCCUUGGGUUGAGUAUGACAACAAUGACAAAAUCUGUUGUUGCUCAAAGAGGAAGUGUGUAUCAUAUUUAUCGGAAAUAAAAUCUCUUCAGCCAUAA